GAGUGUUAUGAGGCUUAAUUAAUUAAAAUGUGACCUUCUCAGCUGAGUGUGAUUACAGACAGUAAAAUCACAUUGUUAUUUGAAAUCACACUUUUCAUUGCAUUUUCAAGGGAGAGGUCAACUACAACAAUGAGUAACCUGUGACUGACUCUGUUGAGCUUUAAGGUUUUUUUUUUGUUUUUUUAAAUAUUAUUUAUUUUCUUAAAAGACAGCUCACUUCCUAGCUCAUUAGGACCCAAGCACUCAGUUCUUUUCUAAUCAUUCAUUAACAUGAAUAAUAGAGUAUGUCAGGGAGAGCUGCUUAGAAAAGGCUUUUUAUGUUUACAUAGUACAUGCCAACUGAUGCAGUAGGAAAUGUUGCUUCCUAUUGGUUGGAGGUGCUAUCCAUCGCAUGAUAUCUGAGAAUACAGGCUCUGAUCUCUUUGCUAGAACAGAUGUGCUUGGUCAGGAGAGGUAGAUUUCUUUCUCCAUGGAAAAAAACAUCACUUUUAGCUUUUUACUCCUCUUUUUAUGUGUAGGAUUUUCAGUCUCUGUGGACCAAAUGUUUGUAAGAAUGGAUGGAAGGCCUAAAACCAGACUGACCAGGGUCAAGGGAAACUGAAGACUGCAGUUCACAUGCAUUUUUAGACCAAGAUCUGCCCCAAAGAAAUGACCGACGUUAUGAGGGUGGUGUGAAGCCAAAACAUAACUUAAAACGAGUAGCAAUUACACAGGCAUUUCCAUGGGAGCUUUGCUUGGCUGUGGAAGUUGACCAUGAGGGUGGUCAGUUACAACUUGAGCAGAAAAGGACAAUCAGAAAGAGACUCUUGGAGGACAUUGCCGCACAGCCCUGUGAAUGUCACCUUUAAUGGAAGUCCCUGUAUUCUUUUCUGGGCCAGGAGAAUAAUGAUUAAAUUUAAAAAUCACACGCAGCUGGACUUGACAGAGAAGACAUUUGGCGUUCAUGCAACCGUGGAUGUUGGAGAUUCCAACUGCAGUGAAGACAGUGCAAUGCUUUCACUUAAGUUUGGUGACAUGGACAACCUCAACGGGCUUGUUAUUAGAUUUUUAUUGACAAGCAGUUAUUACAAGCUGUCUGUUCAGAACUGGUUUAGUUUAUACAGAAUACAGCUGCUUUACAACCAUUCUAUGCAAGCAACAUUUAAUGCAACCAGAAUAUAUGCUCCAGCAAGUUAUUCCUAUCACUGUGAACAUGUGAGCAGCUUGCAGAAAUAUGAUGCACUCCUGAUGCCCAGCUCCGCAAAUGAUGUGUCCAGGCUCUGGGAAGUCACUUUUAUCGAUUUCCAGAUUCAAGGAUUUAACAUUGAAGGAGGACAGUUUGCUUAUGCCAAAGAUUGUGCAUCCUUUUUCUCACCAGCAAUUUUGAUGGGCUUGAUUAUGUCACUGAUUCUGCUUCUAGUCCUGGCGUAUGCUCUCCAUAUGUUGAUCCACCUGAAGUCUCUUGAUAGCCAUUGUGAAUGCAAAGCCUCUCCUGCCUAUUUUGUACAAAUGAAAGACAGUGACAUGGCAGAUGAAGAAGAAUCCCUGAGAAGCACUGGAAAUGAGUCCUAUGAACUUAGAAGUCAACAGUUCUGUAAAGUCUAUAUUUAGAAGAGCAUUGUUUGUCUCAUUCAGGCUAUUGGUAUUUUCUUUCAGCAAUUCUGUCAUGUUUAGUUGUACAGUAGCUAAAAGAUUUCACCAAAUGAUUUAUUUGAUCAAAGAAGAUAGAGAGAUAUCUAUCUCUCUAUCUCAGACUGCUUGAUUAGCCAUUCUCUGGCUUAUUUCUUGAGACCCAGUCAAAAGAUGUCUUGGAAAUCAGAAAAAUAGAAAAAUCUCCCAUGGGAGUGAGGGAAUGAACAUGGUGAGAGUCUGCUCUCAUAUUACAAAAACAAUUCAUUACAGCCACCUUACAAACACUGAACGAGGAAGUGGUAACAGAACCUUAGGGUUAAAUAAAGAUUAAUAAUAUCUCCUAGCUCAUCCUGUCAAAGGGUGAUAUUUUUCCUUACCCUGUAUUUUCUGUUGGUCUAUUCAGUCUGUAUUAAGUGUCCUUGGCAAAACAGCUCCCAUCCUUUCCUUAGAAAGUAUAUGCAACAGUAUAAAUAGAUUCCAACAUUAGAAGUCUUUGCUGAUUCUUAUCUUAAAUUUUCCUUGUCUUAAUUUUAUUCAGUUAUUCCUAGUUUUAUCCCCCUUGUGCCAUCAUAAAAAUCCUUCUCCUUUUUGUUUAUACUUUCCACAUACAUAAAGACCAUUUUAAUAUCAUCUCCUACCCCAGUGAAAUAGUGAUGGAUCUUUGGAACUGUAGCAUCUCAAAAGUUUUUCUAUGGUUUGGCAUGAGACUUACUUUCUUGAGGUGGUGGUAGAGCUGUAGACAUCUGGCCAUAGGCUUUCCCAUACUUCACCUGCUGAGCUUUAAGCUAAAAGAGAGAUUAUGGGUUUUACAUAUUUUAAUUCUAUGCUAAUUUCUUUACAACUAAAUCCUGUCCGUCUCCCAUACAAGACAUGGAAGUCACAGCUACAUGGUAGUUCUACACCUGAAAAUACAUAUAAAUUAUGUUGGCUGGAAGCCACCCAACAGUACAAGGGGUAUUUAGAAACGAGACAUAAUUUUCACUUCUCCCUCCUGUGGGAGAUUAAAGUUUCAUCUUGUCAACAAUCCUAUCAAUUGGCAGUGCCAGGGUUAGAGGACCCAAAAUUAGUUUUAAUUUUGCUCUUGCUUCCAGCAAGAAGGAAGGUGGUAGUGAGCUACCCAUGUUGCUAUUGGGCCAAAGUCAAUCCUGAAAGAAUAUUUUGGCAAAUCUUUUGCAAACCCAGAUUUAGUAACCAACCCUCUUUUUAAUUUUAGAGAAAAGAAGCUAAUCAAUAGAAUGUUAUUUCCAAACUGUAGUUAAAGAUGGAGCUAUUUUAGGGUUCCUUGCACUCAUGGACAUAUGUCCUAAACUCCUGUUGGGAGUGCAUUGCUGUCAGACGAUUCAUCAGGUCCAACAACACACAGACAUGCUGGUGAAGUCAUUCUGGAGCAAGUGGUUCAUGGAUUGAGGCGCUUCAAAAAGAUCCUGUUGAACAAUAAGCAGGAGUAAGCGAUAAGCUGCAGGGCAUAUGAUAAAGCUGUCCUCUAGGUUAUGACAGCCAAAGCACGUUCUCAUAGAUGAAGAUGAUCACGUCUUGUAAGACAAAAAAGUGGAUUUGCACAGUUAGUCUGAGUGUUGCAGUCAGAGCAUUUUGAGGGUGUCAUAUAAACAACAUUUUAGAACAAUUAGGACAUUCCACAGCUCUGGUUCUAAAACAAGAAAACUUGAUCAAAAUUAAUUGGUUGCUUAAAAAUGGGCUGAACUGGCACAAAAUGCCAGUCUGCCCAUCCAACAUUUGCUUAAGAUCAUGAAGAACCAAUUUAUAUUUGUUACAACUAGGGAGACCAGAUGUCCCAAUUUUAUAGGGACAGUCCCGAUAUUUGGGGCGUUUCCUUAUAUGGGCUCCUAUUACCCCCCCCCCCACACCACCUCUCCCAAUUUUUCACACUUGCUAUCUGGUCAGCCUAGUUACAACAAAUACAUAUUAAUCCAUUCUUUGUUUUGUUUCAAACAUGAUCUGCAGAACAUAUCAGGCGUAUUAGUUGGUACAGAGCAGUAAACAUAAAAACAUA